UUUACAAAUUCUCCCUCUCCAAAAUAACCACUUUUUACGCGUUAUUUUCCCCCGUUUUUUUCAUGUUUAUUCUUUUCUGUUUGACCGUGUCUGCAGAAAACUUGUUUAAGAUAAACAGUAAUUCUCGUGAAAAUUGGUGGAUACGAGGAGAAAAUUUUCUGCUCUUUGAAGGGUAAUAGGUUGAAUUAUUGGGAGGAGAAAACAAAAGAUGAGGAUUUUGAGAACAAUUGAUUCCUCUUCGUGCCCUAGUUUGUGUGGAUUUAUGGUUGUGGAAGCUUAUCCCAAAAGGUAUUCUUCCAAGAUCCCUUCUGAUUUGGUUCUUUUCUUGGGCCUUGGCUUCAUAGAUUGGUAAUAUACGUCUGAAUUUUGAUAGAUACAGAAGCCAGUGUGCUUCAAUUUACUAAAUUUCUCUCUUCAAAUAUUUUAUAUUUAUGACAUAGAAUUAGGAGAAGAUCCAAAUUAUUAGUGUCUUUCUUUAGGAAUAUUUCCCUUGAGCUGAAAAAUGGAUUUUGGUGGGAUUGAUUCAGUGUCUCCCACCUGUCUCUGGAGGGCUUGAGGAGAUUGGUGGAUUAGUGUUGGAUGUGGUCUUCAUUUGCUUUUCUUGAUAUUUAUUAGGGAUGCUAUUUGGGGGUGAAAUUAGUCAGUCCAACGCCUAGCAUCUCACCUACUCACCAAAUGGGUUCAUUUUGUUUGUGAUGGGUGAUACACUUUUGACUGGUUUGUAAAUGGAGAAUCAUCACCCUUCAACCAUCUUGUCCAUGGAUUCGAGUGCCUCAUCCUCCCACGAAGAGUUAGACCUUGAGAUGAAUCCCCAAGAUAUUUUGACCCGCCCACCUGAUAUCAACCUGCCCCUUUCAGCGGAGCGAAGCCCCCCUCCACAGCCUUGGAACCCUGAACCAUGUGAUAUUCUUGAUGUUGGGCUAGGUACUCAAAUAUAUGAGACCGAGAGUUUUCUUGUCGCCCCCAAGGUUGGGAGGAAAUGUGCCAAAAGGGUUGAUAGUAUCUGGGGUGCUUGGUUUUUCUUCAGCUUUUACUUUAAGCCUGUGCUGAAUGAGAAAUCCAAGGCAAAAAUCAUACGGGAUAGUAAUGGGGUUUCUGGAUUUGAUAAAUCCGACCUGCAGCUCGAUACAUUCAUGGUUCAACAUGAUAUGGAAAACAUGUAUAUGUGGGUGUUCAAGGAAAGGCCCGAGAAUGCUCUUGGUAAGAUGCAGCUGCGUAGUUAUAUGAAUGGGCAUUCUCGUCAAGGAGAGCGUCCCUUCCCUUUUUGUGUGGAUAAAGGCUUUGUCCGGUCUCACCGGAUGCAGAGGAAACAUUACAGAGGUCUUUCAAACCCUCAGUGUGUUCAUGGUAUUGAGGUUGUUCCCUCCCCCAAUCUUAUGGCUCUGGAUGAAGAGGAUCGCAAAAGAUGGACCGAGCUCACCGGGAGGGACGCUAACCUCACCAUUCCACCUGAAGCUAGCGACUAUGGUUCAUGGAGAAAUCUACCGAACACCGAGUUUGAGCUUGAAAGAUCUGCUCCAGUGAAGGCCAAUCCACAGUCCCACACGAAGAAGCUGCUCAACGGAUCUGUGCUUAAUCUAUCGACGCAGCCUACCAAUCAUAGCAACGGGGAUGUCCUUGACCUCUCGCCUGUCAACCACAAGAGGAAGAAAGAUUUUUUUCCUCAGGGGAAUGAUGAAGAUUGUUUUCUGGUAGUGAAUGCUCCUGACCGUGCCCCUGAUCUUGAAGUUAAUCCAAAUGGGUCUCACUGGUUGCAUGAGUUCAGUGGAGUGCUGAGGAAUGCCUAUGGCCCUGUCACAGCUGCCAAAACAGUCUAUGAGGACGCAGACGGCUAUCUCAUUGUUAUCAGCCUGCCUUUUGUAGAUCUUCAGAGGGUGAAAGUCUCGUGGAGGAAUACCCUCACCCAUGGUAUCAUUAAGGUCUCGUGCACAAGUACUUCUCGCACACCAUUCAUCAAGAGAUACAACAGGACGUUCAAGCUCACGGAUCCAUCAUCAGAGCACUGCCCGCCUGGGGAAUUCGUUAGAGAAAUCCCACUUUCAACUCGAAUCCCUGAAGAUGCUAACAUAGAAGCUUACUAUGAUGGGCCGGGAACAGUGCUUGAGAUAUUGGUGCCAAAACUGCGAGAGGGGCCAGAGGAACACGAGGUCAGGGUCUGUCUUCGGCCUCACCACGGUGGUAAUGAUCUCAAACUGACCUAAAAUGUCAUUCUUAGUGAGCAGGGUGGUCGUCAGAGACUGAAAUUGUUAAUCUGAGGUGGUAGAUGAAUCAAAUCCAAUAUGGUUAUUUGUUAUAUAUUCGGUUUGUGAAGCUCUUAAAAUGCUGUAGUUUUUUAUGCCAUGCAUCUAGUUUGAUUUAAGUUGUACUCCAAUUGUUUUUGUUAUGGAAGUUAUAUUUGAAUUA